CUGGUGUGUCGGGUCGCACGUGAUAGUGGUCUCGCUGGCGCUUGUUGAUGAUGUCGCCGCGGUGCCCCAAGGAGGGAUUGGCCGAGGCUGGUCUCGGAGUGAUGAGCCCAGCACCUCCCGGGAGCAAGGCGGAAGCGUACGGGACGCCGUAGGGCGGAGGCGGGAGAGGCUAGGGUCGCGAUGAGUGGGCUCGGCCGGCUCUUCGGGAGGGACAAGAAGGAGAGGGGGCCAACCCCUGAAGAGGCAAUACAGAAACUGAAGGAGACGGAGAAGAUAUUGAUCAAGAAACAGGAAUUUCUGGAGCAGAAGAUUGAACAGGAGCUACAAACUGCCAAGAAGCAUGGGACGAAGAAUAAGAGAGCCGCCCUACAGGCUUUGCGGAGGAAGAAAAGGUUGGAACAGCAGCUGGCACAAACGGACGGGACAUUAUCCACCCUGGAGUUUCAGCGUGAGGCCAUUGAGAAUGCCACCACCAAUGCAGAAGUGCUUCGUACCAUGGAGCUUGCUGCCCAAGGCAUGAAGAAGGCCUACCAGGACAUGGACAUUGACAAGGUGGAUGAACUGAUGGCUGACAUCACAGAACAACAGGAGCUGGCCCAGCAGAUCUCAGAUGCCAUUUCUCGACCCGUGGGAUUUGGAGAUGAUGUGGAUGAGGAUGAACUGUUGGAGGAGCUAGAGGAGCUGGAGCAGGAGGAAUUGGCCCGAGAAUUGUUACAUGUGGACGACAAGGAGGAGGAACCCCCAGUCACACUGCCCAGUGUACCGUCUACACAUCUUCCUGCAGGGCCAGCUCCCAAAACGGAUGAAGAUGAAGAAGCACUAAAGCAAUUGGCUGAGUGGGUGUCCUGAUGAGUCUGGGCUUGCCUACCUGACGCUGCCUUCAUUGUUCUCUUUUCCUUAAGUGCCAAGUGCUAAGCUAAAGGAACAUGGCCUUGUUGGGAGGUCCUGCUGAGAGUGGUAGUAUGACCCUGCCUGAGAAAAGGGUCCGUCGCCCUCCCAUCCCAGGCUCAACCCUGAAGAAGGAUUUUGGUGCAGGAGGAACCCCUGGGCUCCCUUUAAUAGCAGUUACAGUGCCCUCGUUCGCAAUAAAAUUGGGUGGAUGGAACCCUAGUGCUUAUACUGCCUUGUCUACAACUGAAA